AGUAAUCGAACUCCAGUUUUUCUAUCAACCAACAAUGCUACCAAGACGCAAAAUCUUCGACUUCUUGUUACUUUCACAUUCACAAAACAAGCCCCGAAUCAAUCCUUUUCGUUACUCAUUAUGCAAUCCUUUAUGUACCUUGAAUGAGUCUCCCAAUACCACCGAGUCGCCGGAGCUGCCCACUUGGCUCAGAUCCCAUGACAUCGAAAACCCAGAUGAGGAUUUUGUAAUCCCUUCACUUGCCAGUUGGGUUGAGAAUCACAAACUUAAUGAUCAAAAUGGGAUUGUUUCUCAUGUUUUCAGUGAGAAAACAGACACUGAUGUUGAUAAAAUCAGCAAAAUCCUCAAGAAUAACUACCCAUCGCCUGACAGAGUAGUUGAGACUCUGAAUCUGUCUUGUUUCAGUGUAUCAAACAGUUUGGUUGAGCAGGUUUUGAAGAGAUUUAGCAGUAACUGGAUUCCAGCUUUUGGGUUGUUCACUUGGGCAAAAAUACAAACAGGUUAUAAGCACACACCAGAAAUAUAUAACACCAUGGUUGAUAUUUUAGGAAAAACUAAGCAGUUUAGUCUUAUGUGGGAGGUUGUUAAAGAAAUGGAUGAGUUGAAUGAGGGGUACAUUACAUUGGAUACAAUGAGUAAGGUUAUGAGGAGGCUGGCUAGACGAGGUAAGCAUGAGGAGGCUAUUGAAGCAUUUAGAGCAUUUGAAAGGUAUGGUCUGAAGAAAGAAACAAAGGCAAUGAACAUUCUAAUGGAUGCAUUGGCUAAAGAGAAUAAUGUUGAGCAUGCUUAUAAAGUGUUUCUUGAGUUUAAGGGCUGUAUACCUUUGGAUUCUUAUACUUUCAAUGUUUUGAUACAUGGGUGGUGCAAAGCUAGGAAAUUAGAGGAUGCUGAGAGAACCAUGGAUGAGAUGCAGAAACAUGGUUUUGUCCCAAAUGUGGUUUCUUAUACUUGUUUCCUUGAGCAUUACUGUCGUGAAAAGGAUUUUCGUAAAGCUGAAGAUAUUUUGAAACAGAUGCAAGAAAGGGGUUGCAAGCCAAGUGCUGUGACCUAUACUAUUUUUGUGCAUGCUUUAGGGAAAGCUAGGCAGAUAAAUGAAGCAUUGGGGGUUUAUGAAAAGAUGAAGAAUGAUGGUUGUUUACUUGAUGCUUCAUUUUAUAGUUCAUUGAUCUUUUGUUUGAGUAAGGCUGGCAUGCUUAAGACUGCUAAUGAGAUUUUUGAGGACAUGAAAAAGCAGGGUGUUAUGCCUGAUGUUCUGACUUUUAACACGAUGAUUUCUUCUGCUUGUGAGCAUUUACAAGAGGAGAAAGCAUUUGAAUUGCUUCGAAAGAUGGAGGAGGAUUCGUGUAAGCCUAAUCUUGAGACUUAUGCACCUUUAUUGAAGAUGUGCUGUAGGAAGAAGAGAAUGAAAGUGCUCAACAUUUUGUUGCAACACAUGUUUAAGAAUGAUAUCAGUAUUGAUCUGGGAACUUAUGCUCUUUUGGUGAGGGGACUUUGUAAGAGUGGGAAACUUGAAGACGCUUGCUUAUUCUUCAAAGAAAUGGUGUCGAAGGGAAUGGUUCCCAUGAGCAGCACAUACAAGAUGCUGGUGGAGGAACUGGAAAAGAAAAACUUGGCUCAUGCCAAGGGAAAAAUAGAGAAGUUGAUGUCACAGGCUAGAGAAGAAGAAAGUGUCUGAUUGUUUUUUCUCUUUUUCAUUCUGUUAUCAGUGUUUUCCAUGCUUUAAAUUUGUAUGAAUUUCUGUGACAAAUAGGUUGUUAAGUCAUUAUUUGUAACAAAGUAACUUGAGGACAACAGGCAAUCACAAAGCUUGAAAUACCUUAUAAAUGAUGAUGGUCAAUACAUUUGCCAAAAA